AUGAGUGAAGCAAGAGCCACGUACGGCUAUGUCGACCCUGACUUCGUCAACCCUGGGGGAAAAUGGAACACGCCAGUCAUUAUCUACGGCUACACCCCAUCUUUCGUCUUAACAGUCCUCGCCGACGUCCUCUUCUUCCUCCUACUCCUCGUCCACAUCUGGCAGAUCAUUCGCUACCGCAGCUGGUACUUCGUCACAUUCCCAAUCGGCCUCCUAUUCGAAAUCGUCGGCUACGUAGCCCGCUCCCUCUCCGCGAAAGCGAACCCGUAUAAUCUCAUAUACUUCAUUCUUAACUACUUCUUCAUCGUCACGGCCCCGGUAUUCCUCGCAGCCGGUAUCUACACCAUUCUCUCAGCACUCAUCAACCGCCUCGGGCGACAGUUCUCGCCUUUGCCGCCUAAGUUGGUUUUGUGGUUCUUCAUCACUUCAGACGCCAUCGCGACCAUCACGCAGAUCUCGGGCGCCGCUUUGAUUGGAGUCAAGCAAUCACGACGCGAGGACCCAACGACGGCCAAUAACAUUUUGUUGGGAGGACUCGCUUACCAGGUGUUCUCGAUCGGAUGCUUCGUUAUCACGACUUCAAUCUUCCUCUUCCGGGCUCGAACAGCAAUCAGGGAGCACAGGCUUAAGACGUUCGUGGCUGUAUUUUCAGCGGCGACGUUGCUGAUUUAUCUGCGUACCUGCUUCCGUCUUGCCGAAACUGCGGAGGGUCUUGGGGGAUAUCUUUACUCAAACGAAGUUUUCUUUGGCGUGCUCGAAUUUGCGCCUGUGGUCUUGGCGGUAAUUCUGCUUUCUAUCUGGCAUCCGGGCAGAUGCGUGGCUAAGAAAGUUUCUGGCGGCGUUGGCGAUGCUGAAAAGACAAGAGUUCGCAGUCGUGAGUCUAUCCAGAAAUAG